CAUCUUCCCUAACUGCUAACACAUGUUCCCUGCGCCGCCCGGCUCCACAUCAGCGCCCGACACCCCCCCACCCCCAGCCGCCCCGCGCUGCAGCCGGGCUCUGCUGGGCCCCGGGCAGCACCAGCCCCACAAGGUUGGACCAUGUCGGAGAUCUACAGUGAGGUGGCCGGGGAUGAGCCCCCCAGCGACAGCUUCUGGAUGCCGAACCGGUACCAGCGCACGGUGCGGCGGCUGGAGGAGGGGUCCCAGGUCUGCGACCAGCUGGUCGGCUGCUUCCGGGACCGGGCGCGAAUCGAAGGCAGCUACGCCCGGCACAUGGGGGCCUGGGUGCAGAAGUGGCGCCCCCUGGUGGAUGCGAGCCCCCUGUACGGCUCGGUGCGCCGGGCCUGGCAGGCCUUCCUGGACACCACGGAGCGGCUGGGCCGGCUGCACCGGGACACGCAGCGGGCGCUGCUGGCGGAGGAGCUGGCUCGCCUGCGGGGCUGGCAGCGGGACAACUACCACCGCAAGCUGCUGGGCGGCUUCCGCGAGGCCCGCGAUCUGGAGAGCGGCUUCCGGCGGGCCCAGAAACCCUGGGCCCGCCGCCUGCGCAAGGUGGAGAAGGCCAAAGCCUCGUACCACCGGGCCUGCCGCAAGGAGCACGCGGCCGCGGGGCGGGAGCAGCUGGCCCCGGGGGGGCCCCCCCUGGCCCCCGACCGCCAGCGCGCCCUGCGGGAGGAACGCCAGCGCCACACCCUGGAGACACACAAGGAGCGGCAGCACUACGAGCAGGCGCUGGCGGAGCUGAGCCGGGCCAGCCCGCGCUACGUGGAGGAGAUGGAGUCGGUCUUCGAGCAGGGCCAGGAGUUCGAGCAGAGACGCAUCGAGUUCCUCAAGGAGGCCUUGGCGGCUCUGCAGCGCCGGCUGGACCCCACCGCCCACCGCAGGGUGCAGGCUGCGCAGACCCAGCUCCGCCAGGCCAUCAGCGACAUCAGCGCCCGCCAGGACCUGGACUGGUGGCGCCGCCAGCGCGGGCCCGGCAUGGCCAUGGCAUGGCCCGAGUUCGAGGCGUGGAGCCCGGAGUGGGAGCAGCCGAGCCCCAAGGUGCCGCCACCGGGGCAGGAGGAGGAGAAAGUGCCGCUGCAGAGCAUCCGCCUGGCCCCGGGCAGUGCGGCCGAGGUGCCGGCGCCGGUUCUGGGCCAGCGGGUUCGGGCCAUUUACGACUACGCCGGGCAGGAGCCGGACGAGCUGAGCUUCACUGCGGGGGAGGAGCUGACGAAGCUGGAGGAGCAGGACCCCCAGGGCUGGUGCAAGGGGGUGACGGACGGGGGGCGCGUGGGGCUGUACCCCGCCAACUACGUGCAGCCGGUGCCCUGACCUCGGAGCCCCUCUCCGCGGGAGGCUGCACCCCGCCACCCACCGUCAGCUGCGGCAGGGAUGGGAAGGGGGGGCCCUGCCCAGCCCCCCCCAACAGCCAGCCCUCCCUUUCCCCAAUCCACAGGCCCAUCCGCCCAGGGGGGCUGUUGGGGGAGAGAUCUCAGGGGAGCCCUGAUAGCAGGUGACCCACCCACCCGCCCCCAGACUCCAUCUAUGAUUUCCCCCCCGCCCAGGUCCCCCGUGUCUGGGGCUCCCUCGGCUCCUACAGAAACAACAAUAAACACUU